AUGGGCCAUGCUCGGGAUGCCAGCAGCCGCUCGUUGGCCAAUGCUGCCGCGACGGCACUCAGCUCUGGGCUUCCCGCUGCUUUGGGCCGUGCUGCGGCGGCAGCUGCGGAACCUGCUUUAGGGGUCGUGGCGGAGAGCCGCAGGCAAAGAGAGCAGCAAGAGCAUCUGCUCGUCAAAGCACAAGAGGAGCUCCAAAAGGCAACACGCAAUGCUCAGGCAGCUGUGGAGCGCCGAGCAGGUGCUCCACCUGAGGUUGAAGCUCGCAAGACUCCGGCGGGAAGGUCAGGCAAAGUCCGUGCACAAUCGCCGCGCACGCGAGCUGUUCGUCCAGUACUUCGAGGGCCAGUCCCUUCUGCCAGGCGCCACUCCGGAGAUGGAGAGGCCGGUGCAGUUGAUGGCCAUCCUCCAAGCGGUGUGAGUGCUUCACUGCGCGCUGCAGCGGCGCUGUCGCCGCAUCGGGGCUUCUACCACGCUGCGUCAGGGGCGUCCUUGCGGAAUAGCCGCCAGCAGGCAAGCUCCCGGCUUGCUUGGACCGCGCCCGCAACUCCAGGGGCCGCGGCUCCGUCGGCAGAGCCGCCGUCGGAACCAGAAGAGCCCGAGAAGGAAGAGCCUGUGCAGCCUAGCACGGCGCAACCGGUGCAAUCUUCUCCAUCCUGGAAGCGGCUUGAGAAGACCGUAACUGCCUAUGUGUCGCGCCGGAAUGUCAGCUUGUCAGAGUACGAGCAGGUGUGCCAGCGCUAUGAAGGGCACUUGAACGAAUUGAAAGUUCUCUGCGAUGCUGUGCGUCAAACCAACACUUCUCCACGGACUACCUCUCCAGAGAGGAAGCCUUGCAGUAUCAGUUUUCGAGACCUGCACGACGACAAGGCGUUUCGAGAAUUCCUCGAACUCCGUGAUCCACUUCUAAGCUCGAGGGCGGCCCGACAGCGCAGCUGCAGCCCGCCGCAGGCCCCCCUAAAUCCGCCGCCACCUCCGGCACCCCGAGCGAGAUCUCCGCGCCGAGAGCUGCGCCCGGAGCCGCGCAGAUCCUUCUCAGGUCGAGUAGCCAGCACUCGCCUCCCCGAGGAGAGCCAUCAUGAGGCCGCCGAGGAGAAACCCGUCACACCUCCGCUUUUGAGUGCUGGAGUUCUCUCUGAGACCCCGGUAUCCAUGAUCACCUUCGGCAGGGAUGAGGACAACGACUUGGAGCACGUGCGCAAUUUGUUUGCUACGCAGGUUCCAGAAGCACUUGUUCUUGGAGUUUAUCGCGUGGAGAAUCCCACUUUAGCUGGGGUCUAUGCGGCCGUGCGUGACGCCAUGGGCAGCGACUGUGAGCUGGACUUGUGGCAUGGCACGUCGAGCGAAUGCGUUCCCAACAUCGUUCUCAACGGCUUCAACCGAGCUUACAGCGGUCGACAUGGAACAAAGCUGGGUCACGGCUGCUACUUUUCUGCUUCUGCUGCUUACAGUACAAAGUUCUGUGAGCGGAAGCGGCACCGGCGAAUGGUGUUCUUCGCAAAAGUCCUGGUCGGGGCCUGGGCGAAAGGCUCUCCCGACCUUGUGGAGCCGCCUUGUCGCGACAAGGAUGGCCUGGUGCGUUUUGACAGCACUGUGGACGACGCAGAGUGCCCGGUGAACUUUUGCAUCUUCCGGGACUUUCAGGUUGGUCCGGAGGCCCGACUGAGGCGAAUUUGUGGUGGACGCUCAGGCCUCGGCAUUUCACCUGCGUACGUUUCCUGCCGCUGCUGCGGCCAGAGCGUCAAGGACACGCUCUGUUCCGAGGAUCUCCGGGAGAUCACGUUUUGUUAUGGGCUAUGGGCCAUGGGCCAAAGUGUUUGGCUGAUCGGCCAGGCUUGUGCUGGUGAAGGUCGAAAUGCACCCAUCCUUCGUGCCCCCACCCCAGUGGCCACCACCUGCGCUAUCCUCCGCAAGGCUUUGCCGCACCGCAGCCCUUUCCACCGUCGGCAUGCAUGGGUCAUGGGUAUCCACCGCCCCCAGGCAUCCCGGCAACUAGUGCACUUCCUGGUGCGAUGCCAGGCGGAGUGCCUGGUUCAGUGCCCAGUGCAAUGCCAGGCGCGAUACCCGGCAUGCAUCCUUCACAUCCCAGCCUUCCCCAACUGGCCCAACCGCUCCUCCGCCACCGUGUCCACGAUCUGCCCCUGUCUGGUCAAUCCUUCGAAGACACAAUUGGUGAAGCGAAACGCCGUGCAGAAGAGGCCAGGAAGAAGUUCGAUGAGGAGCAAAGGAAGUCUCGUCGUACCCAUCGUGAUGGAGGAGCUUCUGGAGCUCCAGGCCUGGCUGUCGAAGUUCCCAAGCCUGGACUCCAAAGCCCUCAACGCACUGAAGAGCCUGGACGCCCGAGAUGCUGUGCAGGCGUUGAAGGAGAUCGUGGCUGAUGUGGUUGAAAGGUUGAGCGUAGUCUUUGAGAUAAGGAAGGCAGAUCAGGCCAUUCAAUCCUUCGGUGACACGAAGCUCGAAGUGGCUGAGGACGCAGACGAGAAAGAUAUCAAGAAGGCAUACAGGAAGUUGGUGCUUAAGUGGCAUCCCGACAAGCAUCCAGAGGGUCGAGAUGAGGCCGAAGAGAAGAUUCGUGCCAUCAACAAUGCCUAUGAGACGCUCAGCAAUGCCACCAAGCGUGCCACGUACGACGCUCAGCGGCAGGCGCUACUGCGAAACAGCCGAGGGCAAGGUCCCGACCUGAAGGCACAGAAUUUGGCACCGCGGCAGCGCAUUCCGCGGGAAUUUAUGUUGCAGCCUAUCGGGUAUCCAGACAAGUUUGUGCGCUAUGGCUCCGAGCGAGCACGAGCUCAAUGCGAGGUCACUUCGCGUGCAGAUGCCCGACUCGAUGGCAAGAGUGGAUUGGAUCAGUUUGUGCCCUUCUUCAGAGCGGCGAAGCUCUCUUUGUGGUGGUUGCCAGAUGUGAACAACAUGUGCCGCAUCCGGGCAUUGGAGGCAAGGACUCGGUCGAGCGCUGGCGAAAAGGUCGUUGCUGGGCGCCCCGGUGGCUUUAAUUUGGCCUUCGAGAUUGAUGUCAAUGACGCGCGCGAAUCGGAUCUCCGCCUGGUGGAGGCUGGGAAGGGGGAGAAGAAUGAAAACGUGAAUUUCAUCGUCAUCUCCAGCCCCCUCUACGACAAUGCCUUCCGCUUCGAAGCAGCAUUCCGCCGGGGCUACUUCCUGGCGUUUCGCCCACCGACGCAGCUAAGGAUGAUCCCGUAUAGUGGUGGACAACUUCCCAAGAAGGUCAUCAUCGACUUCACGCUUGUCGAUUUCCAGGCAAUGUUCAAGUUCAUCGACAUCGAGGAGGUCCUUCGGCCUGCCAUUGAGAAGAAGGGUGGCUGGGUCACCUUUGAGGAGGUCAAAGCAGAUGCGAACGUCGUCGCAUACUUCGGAAACAUCUUGCAGAAGCCAGUGUGGGACGAUGACGACUUUCAAACCUACUUUGAGGGCCACUUUGAGAUGUGGGAGUUUCGUGCCACCGACAAUGGGCCAGAAGUCAGGCUGCGUGGCGUGGAUGAGCGGUUGGGAUACGCCCUUGAGCGGGCAAAGGACCCUGAUGUGGCUGCUGAAUUGGUUGUGACGGCCGGCGACGAGCUCAAAGGCUUGCACUGGCGCUACGUGUUGCCGGUCUUCGAAGUCCUCAGCCGGGGUCAGAGCGACGACGUUUCAGCUGUUGUCCAACGCAUGGAGGCGCAGCGCCAGCUUCUCGCCUCACUCUUGGGCGGCGUGCUUUCCACAGCUGGCGAGGCGGACCUACGGGACUUGGCUCGCUUUGCCCAUGCCCUGCUGCCUCUGAGCGAGGGCACAGCACCCGACGUGGCGCAUAGGAGCACCGAGGCUUGCAGCAUGUUGUCAAAGCUUGUCCUGGCUCGGGCGGCUGCUGCAGAGAAGGGUACAGUUGCAGAUGUCGUGAAGCUGGAAGACCUCCGGGUUGUGCUGAUGCUGCCGGGGAUGUCUUCCCACAGCAACAUUCUAGCCAGGAUUACUUCCCCUCCUCUGGCAGAGGCUCCUCUCGACAAGAUACUUGAAGCAACUUCUGGUGCAGCAGCUGCUAAAGCCAUGGGCUUUGCUCGAGAGGCAGGUCAGCUGGCACUUCACCAGGUAGGCCGAAUUGGAACCUCGCCGGCUGCUGUUCACAGCGUGGUGCUGGCGUUGGCAAACAAUGGCUUGCUGCUUGAUGGCUGCGCGUCCCUCUUGGCACAACACUCUGCCCUGCUUGCGACAGAGGACCUGGCCUCGGCAGUGGCCGCCGUCGGAGAUCAGGGCCACGAAGGACUGGGAAAGGGAUCGGUGAGCCUCAUGAACCCCAUCAGCUUCAUGGGCCCGCAUGGGCCCGCAGAGGUCACAGGAGGUUGCUUUGGUCAACAAAGCAGUUUCUGCCCAUGCUGCCAGGACCACAGCUUGUUGCGGCAUGCAAGAACCUCGCAAGCAGAGGCACCAGCUGUUGCCCGAAUGUUUGGUCUCAGAUAUCCGUUGAUCCGUUUGGAUGCAAUGGAGCACAGCUUCCUAUGCCUUGCUGCCUGCUGCCCUGAGCUUCUCAGAUUUGCUGUGGCACGAGGAGAAGCUAGGCUUGUCUUGACAGGUUAUGAGGUGGUGGAGACCGCCGUGCAGGCGUGGAUAUUCCAUUCCGUUCCUCGCAGUCUGGGGUGGGCAUUCUUGUUCUUUCUUAGACAGGUGCUGGGCCAGUGGCCGGCCAGCGAGGCCAUACGCUUGGUCCUUGCAUUGGCAAAGCCGCGGCGUGCGGAGACAAAGGACGAAGCGCCGGAGGUCUCAUCAGCUCUCUGGGCCUCACUGCUCUCCGCCACUGCGGCCAAGGUGCGACCUGCGCUGUCAGACCUGCCGGCUGCAGAACUGAUUCGUUUGGCUCUCGCUGCCAAAACCCAUGCAGAGCAGGGUGGCAAGGAGCUCCUGGAAGGAGUUGCGGUGGAGGCAGUCAGGCGACUGGCCGACUUGCCCCAGGCGCACUUGCUCCUGCUCACACAAGGUCUGACACCGUUGGGCGGCAAGCAUCCGAAGGUCAGGGAGAUCUGCAACUACUGGAGCGAGGUCCUUGGUGAAGACUCGGAGAAAGGCGACGAGGUCUCCAAAAGACGGAAGGAAGUGGAGCGAGGGCAAGCGCUGACUGGCGACCAGGCACUUCGCAUCCAUGCGUGA